AUGAAGGGGAGCGGCAGCCUCCUGCUAGUGACCCUCGCUGUGCUCUGUGCCUGUGGUAAGUCUGGGCCAGAGGACAACAAUGAAUUCUUCAUGGAAUUCCUCCAAACACUGCUGGUUGGAAGCCCAGAGGAGCUCUAUGAUGGGCCGCUUGGCAAGUACAAUGUCAACCAGGGUGCCAAGGAGGCGCUGACAGAGCUCAAGUCCUGCAUUGAUGGUCUGCAGCCCACGCACAAGGCGGAUCUGGUCGAGUUGCUGGAGCAAGUGCUGGGCAGUGAGGAUGACGCCUGAGUGGACCUCAGACAUGGACCCCGACACCACAGGACCAGCCACACCAGCACCCCUGGACGUGCUGCCCAUGGCUGAUUCCCUAUGAGUAAACUGACCCUCAAACUGUUCGACCAAUAAAGCCUCCUGCAGCCUA